CUUCAAGGCAUAUAGGGCGACACGAAGAGUGAGAAACGGAUCGAGACAUUUGUUUUCGUCCUCCCGGUGUCCCAUUUUGCUUUCGCCUCUCUUCCCAAAAAUAUAUUAUAAUCUCUCAUAUCCUUCGUAGCAUCGAUUUGCAUUGUGAAUCGCCCAGGAUUUAGCUUCAGACAUUUGUUUCAGUUCUUCGUCGCCGGUAGUCGUCGGGCCUGAAAAGUUUCUAGCUAAAAAUUGGAAGACAAAUAUCAGGGAAUGCUGAAAGAUGUGCUUGCAUGCCAAGUAUUUCUCGUCUAAGGUAAAUGACAGUGUAGCUCCAUCUGAGCUGCCACUGUUCAUCCUUGAUGAGGUUGGAGCACAAACCUAUAUCCAAUUGAUGCUCCAUGCACAAUUUCUCAAUGGAGCUAGAAAUCAUCAGAAGGCUUUUGUGUUAGAUCAUGAUCUUGUUGAAGAUGGUUGAAAUCUUCUGCCCUGCAAUUCCUGCUUAAUAGAAAUAUAUUCUAUCAGUGGGACAGUAUCGCAUUUUAUUGUGUGCAAGUGAACUGUGAUAUCAUAAAAUGGCAACUGAAAAUAAAGGGAGUGUUUUGAUGCAAAGAUAUGAGGUUGGCAGAUUGCUAGGGCAAGGCUCCUUUGCCAAGGUAUACUAUGCUAGGAAUAUUGGGACUUCCCAGACUGUAGCUAUAAAGGUUAUUGACAAGGAGAAGGUCUUGAAGCUUGGACUUAUAGACCAGAUAAAACGAGAGAUCUCAGUGAUGAGAUUGGUAAGGCACCCAAAUGUUGUGCAGCUUUAUGAGGUCAUGGCUACCAAAUCUAAGAUAUACUUUGUGCUGGAAUAUGUCAAAGGUGGUGAACUAUUUCACAAGGUGUCCAAAGGCAGGCUCAAAGAAGAUGUUGCCCGGAAAUAUUUUCAACAACUGAUCAGUGCUGUGGACUUCUGCCACAGCAGAGGGGUUUACCACCGUGAUCUGAAACCUGAAAACCUUCUUCUUGAUGAUAAUGGAAAUUUGAAGAUCUCAGAUUUUGGUUUGAGUGCCCUUGCAGAGUCUAAGAGGCAGGAUGGUUUGCUUCACACAACUUGUGGUACUCCUGCUUAUGUGGCUCCUGAGGUGAUCGGCAGAAAGGGAUAUGAUGGUGCCAAAGCUGAUAUCUGGUCUUGUGGGGUGAUCUUGUUUGUGCUUAUGGCUGGAUAUCUCCCUUUCCAUGACCCAAAUCUCAUGGAGAUGUACAGAAAAAUUGGAAAAGCAGAGUUUAAGUGCCCCAAUUGGUUCCCUUCAGAUGUUCGAAGGUUACUAUUAAGGAUUCUGGAUCCAAACCCAAGUACAAGGAUCUCAAUUGCAAAAAUUAAGGAAAAUCCUUGGUUUAGAAGGGGACUUGAUCGCAGACUAUUGGAAGGUGAUGUAGAAACAAAAGAAAUUGUUCCUGCUGAUGUUAAUGCAGCUUUUAAUCCCUCUGGUGACAACACAGUCGAGGGGAAGCAGGAGAUGGGGAAACUCAGUAACUUGAAUGCUUUUGAUAUCAUAUCUCUUUCAGCAGGAUUUGAUCUUUCGGGUUUGUUUGAGGAGACUGACCACAGGAGAGAGGCAAGGUUCAUUUCCAGUCAGCCAGCAUCCACUAUUUUCUCAAAACUGGAGGAUACAGCCAACCGCUUGAGGUUGAAGGUAAAGAAGAAGGAUAGUGGGGUGUUGAAGAUGGAAGGAUCAAGGGCAGGAAGAAAGGGGGUGUUGGAGAUUGAUGCUGAAAUAUUUGAGGUCACUCCUUUUUUUCAUUUGGUGGAGAUAAAAAGGGCAAAUGGGGAUACCUUGGAGUACCAGAAGAUGUUGAAACAAGACAUAAGGCCGGCCCUUAAGGACAUCGUUUGGGCAUGGCAAGGUGAGCAGCAGCAGCAGCAGCAGCCUUAGAUUAUGCUUCCAUAGGAGUCAAAGAUCAUUCCAUGUUUGAGUAAUUUCUAUAUGUUGUUUUCUUGUUAUUGCUGUUCUUGUUUAAAAAAUGUUGCCUUUUUUCCCUGUGACCAUAUUAAAUUACUGAAGUUAUUCUCUCAUUAUAGUGUGUGCAUCACUAUUGGGCAACUACCUCUAUAAUUUAGAGAGUUUGGCUUCAGAGCCAAGGGUCUGGUUGGUUGCCCGUAGCUAUGCAUAUUAACUCAGUUCUACAUAGUGGGAGCCUUCUUAAGGCUUUUCGUUGCUCUU